CUAUGAAAAUAUUACAUUUUUGAGUAUUGAUUCAAAGCCAGGGCAAUUCUUGAUGUAGUUGACAAUAUUAGGUACUCUUGAUGCUGCUCCAGACAUCUUUAUCUAGUUAUCUUCUCUCUGUUUUACAAUGAUUACUGUGGAAUACUCGAAUCAAGACUGCUUACAGCAAAUACAGCACUUUUUACUUGUAUAACGGAUUUAUUUAUACGCUUUUGAGCGCUUAUGAGGUUAUACCGGCCUGGACUUUAAUCAGUUAGUAAUGCAAUUUAGCAGAUAGUCGAAAAACCAGUUAUAAAAAAGAAAUUAGACUUUAUUUAACAACUCAAAACUCCCAAUAGUCAUUGUCCACUAAAUGAAUUCAAAAAUCAAUGUUUCCUCUUUGUAAUGUCAGUAAUAUUCAUUACUUCUAUCAGACAUAGUAUGCAUUCAUUAAUAUUGAAUAUUAGUAAUAUUUUGACAACUGUUAAUUAACAAUUAUAACAUUUUAUAUGCUCAUAAGCAAGUUCUGUCACUGAGCUUUUAUUUAAAAAAAAAAAAAAAACCUUUUCCACUGAAUUAUUUUUUGUAAGUCUGUGAUAUCUCCGACAUUUAACCUUGGACUCUCGUAAAUAUUUGAACAAUAUUCAAGGAACGCCCACAAAAUGCAUAUGAAAUUAUUCAGGAAGUUGUUGUUCCAACUUCCGCAUGUUAGCCACUUCAAUAGAACUUACAUUCUUAACCAAAAUUUAAAGCAAAAGUGUACAAUGAAAUACCUCAGACAAGAUGAAGCCAUUAAUGUUGACUUGGAACUCUUCAAUGAGUACAAAUUCAGUGUGGAUCAAUUAAUGGAACUUGCAGGUUUGAGCUGUGCCACUGCAAUUGCCAAAUCAUACUCAGUCGAAUCUCUAAAUGACAAGAAAAUCAUGGUUUGUUGUGGACCAGGAAAUAAUGGAGGUGAUGGGCUUGUUGCAGCAAGACAUUUGAAACUGUUUGGUUAUCCUACUGCUGUUUAUUAUCCAAAGAAGACAGACAAGGAACUGUAUAAUAAUCUAGUGACUCAAUGUUGCAAUAUGGGUAUUGAUGUCUUGCCAGAUACACCUAUUGAUAGAGAAUAUGGUUUAUUUGUGGAUGCCUUGUUUGGAUUCAGUUUUAAACCACCAGUUAGGCCACAAUUUCAUGCUGUAAUGCAAGUUUUGAAGAAUACCAAAGUUCCUAUUGCAAGCAUUGAUAUUCCUAGUGGCUGGGAUGUAGAAAGUGGUGAACCUUCUGAAGGAGGAAUAAAACCUGAACUUUUGAUUUCCCUGACUGCACCCAAAGCAUGUGCCAAGUAUUUUAAAGGAAAAUAUCAUUAUUUAGGGGGAAGGUUUGUACCACCUGCUUUAGCACGCAAGUACGGAUUAAAUUUGCCAGAAUAUCCUGGUACAGACUGUGUUUUACUGUUGGACGACGAAGGAUAAUAAAGCAGGUUUGCAUGUUGGGUUGCCUAUGUUGAAACAUGUUUUCAACCAUUUUAGAGUAAAGAUUGAUUCAAAAUAAACAAUUUACACAUGG